AUUUAUUAUUCCGGACCCAAAGGUUAUGUACUUUGGGUGGAAGAUUUAACUAACAGUGGUAAUCCCUGGGUGACUCUGCAGAAUAUUUGAGAAGAUAGAUGUGGAAGGGGUUAUAUGCCCCCAUCACCCCAGCUUAAUUUUUAUACUCUGUGGCUCUGUAACCAUACACGAGAGACAUAUAAUGUCUCACCCAUCCAUAACUAUUAUCAUCCAACGCCACUAACGCUCAAAAGGCAAUCAAACUCCCCUCUACUCUCUUCUUCUCUUCUCUUCUCUUCUCUGUAGUUUUUAGUUGCAGAGCGGUGAAUCUGAGAAAACUCCCGGCAGCUCUCAAUCUUGAUGAGUUUUGGCAGGAAUUGAUUUUUGCGGAUUCGAUUCUGCUGGCUUUUUGGAAUUCCGGCGUCCAUGAAUCACUGCGUUCCCAAUUUCGACAUGGAUGAGGACUUCAAUGAUCUUCCUCCCACCGCUUCUCCUUCUGGUUCGGCCAGACACAAUAGCAAAAAGUCUGCAAUGGCUGAAGAGGAUAUCAUGGAGCUGCUAUGGCAGAACGGUCAGGUUGUUAUGCAGACUCAAAAUCAGAGAUCUUUUCCGAAAUCAAACUUCGAUGCCGCAGGGGUUCGGGCGGAGCAGCCUGUGAUUCGCCCGCCGGGUGAGGGAACCGCGGCGGCGGCGGACCACCAUGUGUUUUUGGAGGAGGACGAGAUGGCGUCUUGGCUUCACUAUCCUCUCCACGAACAGGCCUUUGACGGCCGCGAUCUCUACUCGGAUCUCCUUUAUCCGCCUGCAGCAUCGUGCGCUCCCGGGACCGCCGCCAUUCACGCGCGGGAAACCCGCCCCGCGGCCGGAGAGAAGAUCCGUCAGCCGCCGAUCCAGAUGCGGGCGAAAUGCGCUGAGAUUCAAGACGCGCCGCCGCGCAUCCAGAACUUCGGCCACUUUUCGCGGCUGAGCAGGGGGAGGAUCGAGCCCGGGCCGUCGAGUUCGAGCAAGGCGCCAAUCGAAUCGACGAUCGUGGACUCGUGCGAGACCCCGCAGUUUUCUCGCGCUAACGUGCGGCGGCGGAACGGGAGGGUCGCCGGGGCCACCGCCCUGCCGUCGGCGGGCGUAAGGGAAGAGUCGGUGACGUGCGAGCAAACGGUGACGUCAUCUCCCGGCGGUUCGGAAGACAGCGGCAGCGCGGAGCCGUCACGAAAUCCGGAGCUGGUUUCCUGGAAGCGCAAACAAAGAGAUGUGGAUGAGAUGGAGGGCCACAGUGAGGACAUGGACUUAGAGUCUCUUGAUACAAAGAAGGAAGGCCGUAGUGGUUGUGCUUCAACAAAGCGAUCUCGGGCUGCGCAGGUCCACAAUCUCUCAGAAAGGAGGCGUCGAGAUAGGAUCAAUGAAAAGAUGAAGGCCUUGCAGGAACUCAUACCCCGUUGCACCAAGGUCUUUGUUUCAUUGAAACCUUAGUGUUAUUUCUUUCUGUCUUUGCAUAUUGGGAGACCAUUUUAUAGCUGAGUUAUGUACGUAUUUUUGGUCAUGUUCAUUUCCUCUUUUUGGAGGGGCGUUUAUUUCAGUCAGACAAAGCUUCAAUGUUGGAUGAUGCAAUUGAAUACCUGAAAUCAUUACAAUUGCAAGUGCAGAUGAUGACUAUGGGAUGUGGCAUGCUCCCUAUGAUGUACAAUGCAAGUAUGCAGCAGUUUAUGCAAACUGGGACGAUGGGUAUGAACAUGAUGGGGAUGUGCGGCAUGAAUCGCCCUCCUAUGGUUCCUCCACCAUAUCCACCGCCGCCGCCACCACUCAUACCUUCAAGUUCGUCAAUGCCAUCACCAAAUCCAACUGCAGCAGCACAGAUGAACCCCACAAGGUUUCCUAUCUCACCACCAUUCCCAUUUCCUGUACCGGAUCCAUCUUCUAGACUUCACGCAUCGAACCAAUCAGGCUCUGUCCUAACCCCGCUUGUCUCCCGCAACCCUAACCAGCAACAAAUACCAAAUUUUGCAGAUCCAUAUAAACAACUUCUUGGCUUUCACCAGGCACAGGUCACUUUGCCACUGAAUCAGACAGUGGAGCAUCCUGUUAACAACAAGCCAAGUAGCAGCAAAGAUGUUGGGAAUCAUCAAUCUUAACUUGUUGCCGAUUUGUGAGAAGAUCAUUUAUGGGAAUGUCACCCAACCAAAUUUUGUAGAGCAAGAGAAGCAAUAAUUGUGGAUGCAGCCUAUAUUUGCUCGCCAACGGCUAACAUAGUCGGCAGUCUUCCGCUUCCCCUAUGCAUGACUCGAACGUAAAUGAACUUCUUCGUGAAUCUUGAGGUGUGAGCUUCUACGACUAAGGCUAACGGAGAGGUUCAUGUAUGUUGCAAUUGUUCAUUAUAUUCGUUGUGGGUUUCAAUACAAUCUACCACUCAUGGUGAUAGAGAAGUUCAAGUUGCAAUUAUUCAUUCAUUUUGGAUUUUAAUACAAUCUUUACCGUACC